ACACACCACCAACUCAAUUCAACUCCACCUCAGAGAGCAGAUUGCAUAUAAAAAAUUCUCACUAGAGAGAGAAUAAGACACUGAAUGAGUGGGGAAGCAGCUCUGAAUCAACAAACACUGCAAAGAUGCAAUCUUUCUCUGCAUUUUCAGCGAAAUUUAUCUUCCUUACUUUAAUCUUACAGAGUGUUGUGAGAUUCUCGUUCUGCCAAGAAGGGUUUUGCUAUUCACCGUCAAUCUUGGAAGAGCAACCACUCUACUGGAAGGCUACCAACCCAACUCUCUCACCCUCUCAUCUUAAAGACUUGCCGGGGUUCACGCGUAGCGUAUACAAGAGUGACCAUGCUUUGAUCACUCCUGAAAGUCAUGUCUUUGGCCCUUUGCCCGAGUGGAGUAACACAUUGGGUGCUUAUCUCAUCACACCUCCAAUGGGCUCACAUUUUGCCAUGUACUUGGCAAAGAUGCAAGAAUUUUCAAAAUCAGCACUCCCACUAAAGGAUGUCGAGAGGUUUGUGUUUGUCCUUCAUGGUGUGGUGACUCUCACUGAUGCAUCGGGCGCUAGGCAUAAUCUAGAGGUUGAUUCAUACGCUUACCUUCCUCCGAAUCUGAAACACUCGUUGGACUCUAGUGCAGCUUCCACGCUUGUUGUACUUGAGAGAAGGUACAACUACUUGGAAAAUCAUGCUACUGAGCAGAUCAUUGGCUCAACAAGUGAGCAGCCCCUUCUUGAAACUCCUGGCGAGGUUUUUCAGCUUAGGAAGCUUCUUCCCACCUCUUUGGCUUACGAUUUCAACAUUCAUAUUAUGGAUUUCCAACCUGGGGAAUUUCUCAACGUAAAGGAAGUUCACUAUAACCAGCACGGUCUACUGCUUCUGGAGGGGCAAGGCAUCUACCGCUUAGGUGAUAGCUGGUAUCCAGUUCAAGCUGGUGACACAAUAUGGAUGGCGCCAUUCGUGCCUCAAUGGUAUGCCGCGCUAGGCAAGUCCAAGACACGCUACUUAUUGUACAAGGAUGUCAACAGGAACCCACUGUAACGACAACCAACCCAUACAUCACGUUCCAUUACACAUGCGUCCUCUUCCAAGCUCAAGAAUCCUAGCAAGCUGAUCAACUGUGGAGGAAGUUAGCUGCAUUUUUCGACUCAUGUUAAACUCUAAUCUUGUUAUGUAUUGUGUUUUCAACUUGUUUCAUUUCAUCAAUA